AGGGGAAGCAGACGAAACCUGUGCUCACUCCGGGACUUAUGACUGCGCAACACAGCUCUAAGGCUCCUUGCGUCUCUACUUCAGCAGUGCCAACUGUUUCAUCUCCUGACAGCCCCUUCACUGAGCUGCAGCCCCUGAUGGCACUUCCUGAAGUAAAGCCUGAGCAGUCAGACAAUGGCCAGCCCGAGACCCCCCCAGCACAGCCCCCCCGCAAAGUCCGUGCCUGCAUCCUCAAGGGCCUCUCUUAUUUUGCUGGAGACAUGACACCCUUUGCUAAAUGGAUGGAAAGACAGUUUAUUUUGCUGCAGAUAAUCGACUGGGUGUUGCGAGGAGCUGCCCAGGUCAUGUUUGUGAACAACCCUCUGAGUGGACUCAUUAUUUUUGCCGGCCUCAUCCUUCAGAACUACUGGUGGGCUCUCAAUGGAUUUGUAGGAACGCUUUUUGCUACACUCUCAGCUCUUAUUCUGCAACAAAACAGAGGAGCAAUAGCAGCCGGGCUGUAUGGAUACAAUGGUAUCUUGGUGGGCCUCCUCAUGGCCGUGUUCUCUGAUAAAGGGGAUUGGUACUGGUGGCUUCUGCUGCCCAACAUCUUCAUGUCUAUGAUGUGCCCUAUAGUGUCCAGUGCUCUGGCCUCAAUAAACAGCCGUUGGGACCUUCCAGUGUUCACACUCCCCUUUAACAUCCUGGUAUGUCUGCACAUGGUUGCCACGGGACACUACAACCAUCACUUCCCUCAGGUCCUGAUCCAGCCUCGCUCUGAGCUGCCCAACAUCACCUGGGCAGAGAUAGACCUGCCAAAGUUGUUUAUGUCGGUGCCUGUUGGAAUUGGGCAGGUCUAUGGCUGUGACAAUCCUUGGACUGGAGGCAUUUUCAUUAUUUCUCUUUUUAUCUCGUCACCCAUCACUUGCAUUCAUGCAGUUCUGGGAUCAGCGGUGGGCAUGGUUUCAGGUCUUGCACUGUCUGCACCAUUUGGUGAUAUUUACUUUGGUCUGUGGGGAUACAACUGUGUGUUAGCCUGCAUUGCUAUUGGAGGCAUGUUUUAUGCACUCACCUGGCAGGUCCAUCUACUUGCCAUCACAUGUGCAUUUUUCUGUGCAUACCUUGGCUCAGCUAUUGCCAACAUCAUGUCAACAUUUGGUCUCCCAGCAUGUACCUGGCCCUUUUGCCUUUCCGCCCUGACAUUUCUCCUCAUCACCACGGGCACUAACAAGAUCUUCAAGCUGCCGCUGGCUAAAGUCACUUACCCUGAGAAGAACCUGUGCUACUUCAAAAAACACAAGAAGCAACAGAAGAGGGAGAAAAUGGAGAAAGAAGACAGAGAGAAAAAGGAGGAGCAAAAAGCUAUUGAGGACGAGGUGAUUCAAAAUGAAAAGGAACAGCUGAGGAUUCAGAUUGAACAGAUGGAGGAGGGAAACAUCAUGUCAAACAACGAGGAUAAGAAUGAACCUCAACCUCAGGACAUGACAGUGACUGAAGCCAUACUUUAGGUCAACCCCAAUAGAACAGCACUGGUAUUAACAAUGAUAAUGCCAUAUCUAUAUGUUGUUUUGUAUAUAUGUAUUUAUACUAUGUAACAUGUAUGUCGGUUUGUAGGUAUAUAUAUGGACUACUACAUGUUUAUGUAUUCUGCAGAAUAAUUUGUAAAAUGUGAUUCAUGAUGCAAUGCACUGCUUUAUUUGUAACAUUGUUUUUUCAUGAAAUGUUUAUUUUUAAUUACAAAAUUUAUAAUAUAAACUUUUUAUUAAGAAUUGUUCAGUCCAUGUAAAUUCAACAUUUGCUUUCAUACUAGCACAAACAGCACAUCAAACCUGGACUAAACUGGGACUAAAAUCAGAAACAGGACUAGAAGAGAACUAAACAAAGUCACAUCAUGUCUAAACUAAAGUAAGAAUAAAAUCAAGUAAAAGUGUGAACG